GGGCCGCGCCGCGCGAGCCGUUGGGCCUGGCUCGGAGAAGGCGUUGCCGCUGCCGCUGCAGUUGCCGCCGCCAGGAAACACAAGGAGCGGGACCAAGCGCAGCGUGGCGAUGGGCGGGAGUCGAGCCCCGCCGGAGAGGCUGGGCGGCCGCCGGUGACAGACUGUGCUCUGUCCACCGCGCCUCCUGCAUGUCCUGCUGCCCUGGGCUGUCCCAAGCUAGGUGACAGCGUGUCACGCUGCCACCAUGAACGAGGUGUCUGUCAUCAAAGAAGGCUGGCUCCAUAAGCGUGGUGAAUACAUCAAGACCUGGAGGCCCCGGUACUUCCUGUUGAAGAGUGACGGCUCCUUUAUUGGAUACAAGGAGCGGCCUGACGCCCCUGACCAGACCCUGCCCCCCCUGAACAACUUCUCUGUCGCAGAAUGCCAGCUGAUGAAGACUGAGAGGCCACGGCCCAACACCUUUGUCAUACGCUGCUUGCAGUGGACCACUGUCAUCGAGAGGACCUUCCACGUAGACUCUCCAGAUGAGAGGGAGGAGUGGAUGCGGGCCAUUCAGAUGGUCGCCAACAGCCUCAAGCAGCGGGGCCCGGGUGAGGACCCCAUGGACUAUAAGUGUGGCUCUCCCAGCGACCCUUCUGCGGCUGAGGAGAUGGAAGUGGCUGUUAGCAAGGCUCGGGCCAAGGUGACCAUGAAUGACUUCGACUAUCUCAAACUUCUGGGCAAGGGCACCUUUGGCAAAGUGAUUCUGGUGCGGGAAAAGGCCAGUGGCCGCUACUACGCCAUGAAGAUCCUGCGGAAGGAAGUUAUCAUCGCCAAGGAUGAAGUCGCCCACACGGUCACCGAGAGCCGCGUCCUCCAGAACACCAGGCACCCAUUCCUCACCGCCCUGAAGUACGCCUUCCAGACCCAUGACCGCUUGUGCUUCGUGAUGGAGUAUGCCAAUGGUGGUGAGCUGUUUUUCCACCUGUCCCGGGAGCGUGUCUUCACGGAGGAGCGGGCUCGCUUUUAUGGCGCAGAGAUCGUCUCUGCCCUCGAGUAUUUGCAUUCGAGGGACGUGGUGUACCGUGACAUCAAGCUGGAAAACCUCAUGCUGGACAAAGAUGGCCAUAUCAAGAUCACUGACUUCGGCCUGUGCAAAGAGGGCAUCAGUGACGGGGCCACCAUGAAAACCUUCUGUGGGACGCCCGAGUACCUGGCACCCGAGGUGCUGGAAGACAACGACUACGGCCGCGCGGUGGACUGGUGGGGGCUGGGCGUGGUCAUGUACGAGAUGAUGUGCGGCCGCCUGCCCUUCUACAACCAGGACCACGAGCGCCUCUUCGAGCUCAUCCUCAUGGAGGAGAUCCGCUUCCCGCGCACACUCAGCCCUGAGGCCAAGUCCCUGCUUGCCGGGCUGCUUAAGAAGGACCCCAAGCAGAGGCUCGGCGGGGGGCCCAGCGACGCCAGGGAGGUCAUGGAGCACAGGUUCUUCCUCAGCGUCAGCUGGCAGGACGUGGUACAGAAGAAGCUUCUGCCACCCUUCAAGCCUCAGGUCACCUCUGAGGUUGACACCAGGUACUUUGACGACGAGUUCACCGCCCAGUCCAUUACAAUCACGCCCCCGGACCGCUAUGACAGCCUGGGCUCCCUCGAACUGGACCAGCGGACCCACUUCCCCCAGUUCUCCUACUCGGCCAGCAUCCGCGAGUGAGCAGUGCCGCCCACCGCCACUGAUGCCGUCGCCGCAGGAAACACGCACGGCUGCCAUCACCGCCCCGGGGGCUUUUCUCUGUGUUUUUAAACUUUUAUUUUGCCUUUUUUGUUUGCAUCCCCAUCCCUCACCUGCUCACCCCCAUUUCCAGUUUUUUCUUCAGCCCUCUGCCAAACUCACCCCAGCGGUCCCAGCGGCCCUGCCUCCAGGAUCCUGUCCUGUCCUCACCUUUGUGCCCAGACCAGGAUUUGGGAGACUCUCCACCGCCCACCCCAGGACCAGGCCUUUGGGCGGUUGGAGAGAUUCCGGUUUUUAAUCAACAUGAGCCCCAGCGAGGGGCAAAGCGUGGA